UGAAACCGCUGUGAUGGCAAAACAGUACAGAUGUUUGCUCGUAUCCUCAAGUUUACGUCGAACUAAACUGUCCUCCAGAAAUGCGCCGCAGAGUAUGUGGUGAAAAGGAAACCACCGGACGGCGUACAGCUGUAGCUAGCAGGUGUUACAAGGUCUGUGUUUAGCAGUUAGCUAAAGUCAGCUAACGUAAGCUAGCCUCAGCUAACGGGACGUCCGUCGCGUGGCUAAGCUAGCAGUCUGGUCCAAACUGUAACCCCGAACAAGUGGCAAAACUUUGAAGCAGAACUCCCAGCUCAAAAUGGAUGUGAGCAUUGCCGUGACGCUGAUUCGGGGCCAGAUGGGUGUCGUGGUGGAGCGCGCGGUCAACGGGGCGGUGGAGACCGUGCUGGCCGAGAUGCUCAAAGUGGUCGGAGUCAAGUUCGAGGAGCUGAAAUCCCAGGUGGCGCUGAUGAAGAGGGACGUUGCGACGUUGCAAAGGGAGAAGGUCCAGAAGGAGAAGGAGAACGACAACAUUCGAGCCAAGCUGCGCUACACCGAGCUGAAGCUGAAGUACUACAGGCAAGGAGUGGAGGAGGAGCUGCAGCAGAGGGCCUCCGCCUCCGCCUCGGUCCGCAUCCACCCGUCCACCUUUCUCCAAGCACAGAGAGAUGCGGAAGGUGUUUCCUCCACCGAGGCCUCCCAGUCAUGCUUCACUCAGACCAGCACUUCAACCGGUCAAGCUUUGUUCUGUCCCGCGGAGCGAGACGCGGCUCGGAGCAUCGAUCAGGAGGGCGACGGCAAGUGGACCUUUCAUCUCGCGCCACCCGCCCCAGGCAGGGACGCCGCGGCGGCCCCUCCCGUCUCACUGGAUCCGGAGCAGCGGUCGGCCGACGGCUCGCCGUCCCACGAUGGCUCCGCCCAGGCCGAUAGCUCCACUCUGCCCUCCUCUGCUCCACAGGUGAAGCAGGAGGCCCCGGAGGAAGAGGAGGUGAUCUGUAUCAAGGAGGAGCCAAAGGAGGAGCAGGAAGUGACGGCCGGCGUUCUGCUGGACUGCCAGAUGCAGCAGGGUCCUUGUCCAGUGUUCGAGCCUCAGCGGCCAGUGACGCAGUGUUUAGGACCUCCAGUGAGCCAGAGAAGUGACGCCGCCGCCUUCGGCCCGGCCGGACCCAACCCCCAUCUGGUGCCUCGGCCUGUGGCCUCCCUGCAGCCGAUGGCGGCUCCGCCGUGCGGCGUCCUGCCUCGCCAGGCGCCGCGGCCCUGGCCUAAAGACCUCAGUCUUUAUGAAGAGUACAAACUGCGCCGCAAUGAGCUCCGCCGGCGAAGCAUCAACCGACGCAGGGAGCUGGAGAAGACGCUGCCUCAGCCGCUGCUGGCCGACCUGGUGCGAGAGCGUCGCGAGAAGACCAGACUGCGGGUGGCCAGGUGGAGGGCGAAGAGGAAACUCCAGGACCACUCUCUAGGUGGCGCCGCAGGUUUUGCUAACGGCAGCCAACAUCAGCAGCUCAGAGGGGCCUGUGCCUCCGGGAGCCAGCAGAGAAUCGGCUCAGCUCCGCCUCCGUCCGACAGCUUCCUCUCAGACCCUCUGCCCUUCAUCCCCACCUCCUCCUCCUCAUUUCUGUAUCUGGGAGGCCACGACAUGGCUCCGCAUCAGCACACUGUGACAUCGUCAUCCUCCUUUCAGCCACAGCUCAGCCUGUUGCAGCAGAACGUCUCGUUGACCGACGUCUUGCAGUGAGAUCUUUUCAAGAUUCAUUAAUGACGUCAAAUAUCAAGAUUUAAAUGAUCUGGAUGCUGGGCAUCUUCUAUUUCAUGUCUGUUAGUUCUGUUCAUCCCGGGUUUUCUUCACUAGUAUUAAUAGUAUUACUAUUUGUUGAAUUGUAAAAGUUGAGUUGCUAACAAAUUAUUUAAUCAAAAUAGUCCUAUUCCAAUUCUAUUCAUUUCCAAAAUAAGCAAUUCUGCCCUUAUUUAUUUGCUCAUUUUGAGCUUUUCAAUAAGCUUUUGCUUUUCUAGAUGCUGCAGACAAAGGGAGUUUUUUUUCCUUUUUUUAUUUGGAACAAUCAAAUAAAGUCAAAAUCUAUAAGUCUAUAAAUGUGACAGACAUUAAAGACUUAAUUUAAUUUAAAGACUGCAAUAGAAGCUUUUUGCACAACUUGAAGGCUAAAACAGCCUUCUUUAUUGAGCAUGUAUUUGAUGUUAUCUUAAUGUGUUAUUUAAAUGUACAGGCCUUAACCUUAUCCAUGUCCAUAAAAAGAACCAAUGAGCACCUGA